AUGGAAGCUCAACAAAAACAUGAUCAAUUUGAAAGUAAGAGAUCUGGUAGUUUGGAAUAUGUUGACAUCCAAACACGGAUGCAAAAAUCUGCGUUCGAAUAAAUCGUUGAAAUUUGCUUAAAACCAGUUUUAUUUCGUACCUCCAAAGAAACCACACUAUUGAAGGAUUCUCUAAGAAAUAUCAAGUUUUUCCAAGAGCAGUUUACUGAUCAUUAUGAGGAAAUGUUAGAAGACGUAGCCGAAAAUGCAAGAUUGCAUAUUUAUAGCAAAGAUCAAGUUAUCAUUAAGCAGGACACUUAUGGCGAUACUUUCUACAUCAUAAUCAAGGGAGAAGUCAAAGUCCUAAAAAGAGUGGUAACUGUAAUAGGGACGUUUACAACAAAAAAAGGGAAACAGAAAGAUAAGUUUCAUGAGGAAUUGAAAGAAAUAACAACAUUAAAGGAUGGGGAAUAUUUUGGUGAAUUGGCAUUAUUGGAAAGAAAACCAAGAGGAGCUGAUAUUGUUGCUAUGACUGAUUGCUUCAUUCUAGAGUUAGACAAAGAUUCAUUUGACCGAAUAAUGUCUACUAAGGCUUAAAGAUAAUUUUUGCAUUUACUUGAAACUUUAAGUUGCAAUGUAAUGUUGAAAGAUUUAUCAAAAAAUGCUAUUAAGGCUUUAUUUAUGAUCAUGGAGAGAAAAGUCUAUAAUUAUGGAGAUGUCAUUUAUAAGCAAGGGGAUAAAGGAGAUUGUCUAUAUUUUAUUAUUGAAGGAGAAUUUAAGAUGGUUUCGAAUGUCAAGAAAGAAUUUACAAAGGAUGGAAGUGACGAGAUAUUCUAUUUUGAAAGAGAAGCAGAAGUAUGCAUAUUAGGAAAAAAUGAAUCCAUUGGAUUGGAAGAGUUUCUAGAUCAAGAGAAGAGAAUAUGGAAAGCUAUUUGUUAAAGUCAAGAGGGUGUGCUAUAUAAAUUAAAUAAAAUUGAUUAUAAAAGAAUUGAAUAACGUUAUCCAGAUAUCGUUUAUGCGAUCCAAAGAGUUAGAGAUGAAAAAAGAGUUUAUUAUAAUAAAUGGAAAUAAAAAUAUGCAUAUCCUUUGGAAGCUGGGGUAGAAAACUAAUAAGUAGAAUAACAGGAUCUAAAAUUUGAUUAUCAGAAGUAUGUAGAGAAAACAAAAGAUCUCAAAUAAAUAAUUAUGAAAGAUAAGGAAAUGAAUUUUAUAUCUAGAGACCAAAUAACAAUCAAUGAUGAUAUGGAAAUUAUGCUAAGAUAUUGUCCUUAUUUUUAAUUAGAGGACAAAAAAGCAUCUCCAUUUUUGGUUAACACUCCAGAAACGAUUCAGAUUAGGAGAGUGAAAAGUGCUAAUUAUAGACCUAUCAGUACACAGUGUUUAACAACCAAUGAAAAAUCUUUUGAAAAGACUUCCAAAGGAAAAUAAAGAAUCUAAUCAAAACAUGAUAAAAUAAUUGCAGAAACAUAACCCACCAUAACAGCAAACUAAUAAACUACUACUCAACCUGAAGACUAUAAAUAGAAGUCAAUUUUAAUAUCUCCUAAAAUUGUUAAAUCAACUCAAAAUUUGUUUUCUCCUUCGAUUGUUGAUAAAAGAAAAUCAAAUUAAAAAGCUAAAUUUAACAAUUAAAAUGAUCAAAUGCAAAGUAAAGUAACUACAUUUAUGAAAUUGACACCACAAAAAAUAGAAGAAAUGGCAAUUUAAUAAAGAUUGAGCAAAGAAGAAUAUAAAUAAAAAAAACUCUACAUUAAUCAAUAUCCUUUUAGAACUACAAAACAAAUGCUGAAUCGGAUUAAAUCUGCCAUUAAAUUCUAAUCUCCUAUUUGUAUGCAAAGUUAUCGAUAAUCCUAAUAAGGACAAGUACACAAAGGAACUCCUACAAUUAUCAAAUCUCUAAGUCCAUAAGAUUCAACUUCGUUUGGCGAGGGUGCCAGAAUUCAUUCAUUUAAAGGUUCCAAUCAAUUUAACUUUGAUUUCUCUGCUUUACCUCUUAAAUAUUCAGCCAGUUUAAUAUCUUCAGAAUAUCAAAAAAGAAAAAAGUAAACACUUGGAAAUAGUUUAAAAUUUAGACAGAAUUCUAACUUUUAAUCUAUACCAAUCAAUCUUUGA